CACAUAUCACGUCGACAACAACUGUCUCGACCCCCACGCCCCUUCACUUCACCUUCUCUUUCUCACCAAAGACCAAACACUCGCCACCAUGUCCGACGCUGGAUCGCCUUCAAACGCUGCCGAGACCAAGCCCAAGGCCGACGACAACACUCUCAACAUCAAAAUCCGCGCCACUGACGGCUCCGAGGUCUUCUUCAAGAUCAAGAAGACGACCAAGCUGAACAAGCUCAAGAACGCCUACGCUGACCGUGUCGGCCAGGACCCGGGCGCUAUUCGCCUCUUGUUCGAUGGGCAGCGCAUCCUCGACAACGCUACGGCUGAUGACCUCGACAUGGAGGACGGCGAUGUUGUCGACGUGCUCCUUGAACCCCAAGAGGCUAUUGUCACCAGGUGGCAAAUUGUUUCCAGCGCAGUUCUGCUCGCGUCCUAG